AUGUGGAAUGACAGGGGCUGCAGGGAACACAACUACUUCGUCUGCGAAAAACCCAGCGUCGAAGUGACCAGCCCCGGGUUUCCUCGCCCCUACCCCGACGACGUGGACUGCGUGACCGAAGUGCGCGCGCCGCCUGCACACACUAUACGAGUGCACUUCGAGGAGUUGCUCACUGAACAUGAGCCGCACUUUUACCCCGACGGUGUGGACUGCGUGAUCGAGGUGCGCGCGCCGCCAGCACACACUAUACGAGUGCACUUCGAGGAGUUGCUCACUGAACAUGAGCCGCACUCUUACCCCGACGAUGUGGACUGCGUGACCGAGGUGCGCGAGCCAGCACAAACUAUACGAAUGCUCAUCGAAGAGAUGCUCACUAAAUACGAGCCGCAGUGCGUAUUUCGUACAAUUGAUGUAAUGCAACAUACCUAUGUGAAAAUUUUGGUGCGCAGGCAUAGCCUGGUGGUACUUUUAUUGGCCUUUUAUAGCCUUGUAGACGUUCGUUCGACGUGA